UCCGUUAGUAUAUUAUUUACAACAUGAAAGUAAAAUGGCAAAACUACGGUAUUUUGGAAAUAUAAGAAAAUUCUCAGAAAUUGAUAAAACAAAUUAUUAAUAUUAAUUUUGUAAUUGUUAAUGGUACCAGGCAUUUUCCUUCCCCAGGCAGUGAGUUUGUAAAAAGUGCCUACGAAGGUUACACUAUGGGAUUUGGAUUAUUUGGAGAAGAUCCGCUAAAAAUAGGUAUGCCCUAAAGCAAUAUGUACGAUGCAUCAAAAUGGCACAUCUAGCGCUAAUUGAGCUCAAAGAGGCCGCACACCUCCUUAGCUACCGACAAUGAUGUUUCCGGUGUGGCCGUGCAGCCAUAGCGAGUAUUUAUCGCAUUUUUUACACUUAUUUCUAUCCGCAGAAAGAGUGUCCGUACAUAUUUAGUUUCAACCAAAGAAGAAGGACCGUUGACCAUCAGGAGUCAAAAAAAAUUGGGAUGAUUGCAAACGAAAAACAUCCUAAGGAGCCAUAAGUAAAAGUCAAUUUUGAUUUCCUUCUACUAUUGUACUUUGCGAAAGGUAUUGACCACUGCGAUUCCAACUGUUUGGGCUCCUCAUGUGGUGAUUUUUCGAGUUAUCACAAGUAAGUUCCGUCUUUUAAUCAACAUCUCACAUUAUCCACUGAAUCUUGCGCUGCGCGAAUUCUAUAUGUUCGGAGAAACGCAAUGAUAUCCAUCAAAAGUUUUGAAUUUGGCAGAAACAAAUCGUUUCUUUCCUGGACCACACUAAAUCAUUUCAACAAACAUACACGAAAAUUGUUUUAAAUUUCGAUAGUCUGGUUUCACUGGGACAGCUUUGCAUUUUCAGUUAACUUUUUAAUUUUUAAAUCGUUAUUCACCUCGCAAACUUCUUCGCGACGCUGUUGAGAUGAAGCGUCGUAUUUUUGAAAAUUUAUUUUUAUUUAUCACAACAGCAACAAUAAUAAUUGCUCUAAUUACAACAAAACGCAAAAUCUCAAUAAUCUAUUACAACAAAUCGAACGUGUUGGCUAUGAAGUGGCGCAAUAAUGAGGACAGCUUGAUUGAGUCUAGUCGAUGCGACCAGCAUUUAAACAGAAUCGGCGCAGUGAGUAUGUUAGCCACACAAUCGAUGCACAUUCAUACAUACAUACGAGUAAAUGUGUGUAGAUGUACACGUAUGAAGGAAUAACGCUCCAAUGCGUAUGAACAGUAGAGCCAACGCAUGUGCGGCAAAAUGGAGCUGCGAGUCCGGUGGCGGCGACUGGAGCAAUCAAGUUCAAAGAACACGUUUUAACGUUGGCGUAGGAACACAGAAAAGCAAAACCAAAGACGAUAAACACUCUCACCGCCACUUUCAUUUCACAGCUCGAUUAACUACCAGACGCUAUACUGAGUUGUGUCAAUAUUGUUAUUGUCGUUAGAUGCUAAGCCAGCAGUAGCCAACGAGUAUCUCUCUAACUACUAUAGGCAUGUCCGUAGCAUCGAUAAUCGAGCAGCAAAGCGGCUGUAGACAGUUGAUGACAUUAUUUGGUUGCUGCUUACUAGAGGAGCUGAGCCGAGCAAUGCUGGCAAAGUAAACCGUUCGCAUUUUGUUUUCAGCACCAUCGAAGAGCAGACGCGCGAAUUUUAACAGUAAACAACAAAGACGAAAAUUCAAAAGAAAUAUAUAUGUAUAUAUAUGCCUGGAUAUACAUAUAUAAUCGUAAAUACAUAGUUUUUUUUCAAUCGGCGCUUAAACAAUGGAAAGUGAAAAAGUGCAAGUGCAUCAGAGUGCGCUGAAGACAAAGGUGGGAAUUUCGCAGAGUAAACAAACUCCAAUAUCGCAUACCAUGAAUUAUCGCUGUAUUCCUGCGCUGCGCUUCUUAUUAUUUUUAUUGACGCUCCAUACUUGCUGCAAGUACACGGUGCCGUCACCUGCACACGCGGCUCCCAAUAUUGCUCACUGGCCCAGUUCUAAUUUGCACUCAAACGAGAGAUAUAACGUCGCGUCCGCCUGGCCGCCCAGCCUGCAACAUAUUGAUAUUUGGAAUGCUAUUCAUACGCCCACCAACUCGGCUAUACCUGAGGAAGAUCUGGAAGUACUGUCGCAACAAGCCAAUGAGGGGUUUCAAUAUGCAGGUGUCAACUAUGAGGCAUCAUUCAAAGCAACUCCUAAUACAAUUAACGAUAAACAAGUGGAACAAAAAUUGAAUGUCAAAUUAAAGCACGGCGUAACCAAGAACAUCAACGAGAAAAAUUUAGAAAACAAUACGAUUUGGGAGACCCCGAACGAUCGCCAGAAACGCGUGAUCCAUCUCUUCCCCGUACCUGUGGACGGUGAAUGUCUUUCCGAUGAUGGGCGACGCAUUGGCAACUGCUUUAACAUAUACGAAUGUCGUGCCAAAGGUGGUACUGCAAAAGGCGAGUGUGCAAUGGGUUUCGGCGUUUGUUGCAUAUUCAUCGCCAGCUGCAACACAACCAUCAGCAAUAAUAUUACCUAUCUGGUGUCACCCCAAUUUCCCAGCUUUAUGCCGAGCAAUUAUAGCGCACCAUGUAACUUCAAAAUCCAGUUGAUGAGCAACGAGGUCAGUCAACUGCGCAUAGACUUCUAUCACUUCUCAGUGGGACAACCAAACCGGCGCACGGGUAGCUGUGACGGUGAUGUGUUCGCUGUUAAUGGUGGUCCCAGUGGCACACUGACCCUAUGUGGUCAGAAUAGUGGUCAGCAUAUUUACUACGAAGUAGGUGGCGCUGCUGCUCCGCGUCAAACCCUUUUCGGUAAUUUACGCCCACUUACAUUUAGUCAACUCUACCCCAAUAAUAGUGUCAGCGAAAUGCCGAUUAUAGAGAUAAGCAUGAAUUUCACACAAAGAUUUCAGCCCAUACGCCUCUGGGAGAUACGCAUCGCCCAAAUUCCUUUCAGUCAACGGGCGCCAGUUGGUUGUCUGCAGUACCAUACAGGCACUGAGGGUAUUAUUCAGACUUUUAAUUUCGCUGAGAAUGGACGACAUUUAGCCAAUCAGAAUUACCGCAUUUGUAUGCGCCAAGAGCAAGAAAUGUGUUCGAUUAUGUAUCAGCCGUGUGAUGAGCAAUCGUUUAGGAUUGGACCGAGCAACGCUGGUGAGCCAGGUGUAGUGAAUAUGGGUGCUCCAGUUAUUAUGAUGGACCCAAUGAUGUCAAGCAUCAUGAGCAACAUGAUGGGCGAUGCAACAAAUGGAGGUGCUGGCGGCGGCGGUGGUAGUUCUACCAUCGCAGGCGAUAACCCAACAAUGGAUGUUAUGCCCACAAUGCAAUCGACAGUACUCGCUGACGAUCCUAAUGUGUUACAAAUGAUGGAUGCAACAACAAUGAUGGCUGCAACGAUGACGAGUGCGACAACGUCGGGGGCAACAAGCGCGACAACUGCUGCUGUAACAGAUAGCAGUGCAGCCGCAUCAGAGAGCAGCGCGGCAACUACGACGGCAGCGACUUCAGCAAGUAGCGCGUCACCAGCAAGUAGCACGGAGGUGUCAUCUGCCGCAACAUCCGCUUCAGAAACUCCAGCCGCAACAUCACAAGCGCCAGCUAGUAGCAGCAGCGCCACCACAUUGGACACCCGUAGUAGCACCACACCAGCUACAACUUCUUCUUCUUCAACACUUAGCGACGAGAUACCCGAAGGCUCCGGUGGUGGCGACGCCGACUGGAUUGCAGGUGCACCGACACGCCGCCCAGGAGCCUCAAGUGGUGGUUUCGAUCUACUUGGCUUUCUGCGUAGCGCAUUUGAUUUCAACAGCUUUCGACGCCAAAGUCGACAAAUAGAUGAGCGCAGCGUCAGAGCUAAGGUUGGGAUUGACAUUCCAGCGCGACGCACACGUCAACUAUAUUCACGUUGCACGGAUCGUCUUACUAUGCCAUGCAUAGUGGAGGACUUUAUAGGCAUGGGUCCGCUGGGGUCACCAACAUUACCGGGUUGUGAACCGGUCCAUUGUGGCUCACAAUUUUGCUCCAGCGGCAUAUGGCCAUGCCGGAUUGAAUCAACUGUAACGCCAUUUUAUGUAGGCGUGCAUUUCGGAAACGGUGCUGGGAAAGGCAGUGCGGAAGAUAAUAUUGGUGCGUGUCUACGUUUUCAACAAGUGGAAUGCAUGUAACUUAUGCAAUUGAAAGAUAUGGAUUUUUCUUUUGGAGAUAACGAGUUCGAUAAAUGUACAAAUAUGCUAGUAAUAAGGAACUUAGAACUUACUUGUACUCACAGUAAUUUAAAAUAUAUGUAAAUUCUUAAA